AUGUGCCCCCAGCUUGAUCUUGAGCCCUACCGGAGGGAAAUCACCCAACUUGCGGGUUCGAAUUGCUCGCAUGAGGCUAUUCGCAUCUUCCUUCUCCAUACGCACGGCGUGUGCGCUUCCACGAAUACGAUAUCCCGGCGCCUACAGUCCUGGGGCCUCCGUACACGCCGGCUUUACCUACCUGCAGGCGCUCGCGAUGCGAUCGUAUGUGAGCUCCUCCGGCUAUCAUUGAGUACUGAGGAGAUCCUUAUGAUCCUUGCGAAGAAGGGUAUGCCAUCCUCUGAACGUACCCUACGCCGCACUCGAAAGAAACUUGGUAUUCGGCUCCGCAUUGACGAUCCUCGCGAGCGCGAAGCGCAGGAAGAAGAGGUCGAGUUGAUUCUUAUGACGGAAGAUCAGAUUGGAGAGAUCGAAGGAUAUGGCCGCCGUUUACAACGGGUCUUCUUACGCCGCCAUGGAAUAUUCAUCUCUGAAGCCCGGGCCUACGAAAUCUACCGAUCGAUUAAUCCUGGUGCUAUUGAGCGGCGCCAAGCUGGCCUACAACGGCGGCGAAAGGCCUACACCUGCGAGGGGCCUAAUGCAGUGUGGCACCUUGACGGCUAUAUGAAGCUGGAGCCUUUUGGGAUUGAGAUAUACGCAGCCAUUGAUGGCUACUCUCGGUGCAUUAUGUGGAUAUACGUGGGAAUAUCUGCGCGUACCGCAGUAAGUGUGCUUCGUCAAUACCUUGACUGCGCUGCUUCUAAUGGGUAUUUACCACGAAAACUUCGCACCGACCUUGGUACUGAAACAGUGCUAAUUGGUGAUGCUCAUCUUGUGCUCCGUCAAAACCCUCCAUUAACAUCAGAUGUUCUUCCAUCGAGAUCGCUUCCAUCGUCAUCGAGAUUGCUUCCAUCAACAUUAGAUCCAGCAACAUUGCAAUCUCUUCUCCAGCUAAGAGAAUAUUUUAUCUACGGCCGGAGUGUUGAAAAUCAGCGAAUUGAAUCCUGGUGGGGACAGCUUUCUACAUCGAGCCUAUUCGUUUAUCAUGAAUACUUCAAUCAGCUACUAAAUGAUGGAAUCUUCUCAAAGCAAUGUAUCCCUGAGCAGAUAGCACUUCUCUCUAUAUACAUGCCUAUUCUCCGUUCUCGAAUUCAUUCAUUUGUUAACGAUAUCUGGAAUGUACACCGUAUUCGCCCGCAGGCUAAGCGGCCACAUGUAGUCCCAGGGAAGCCGAUUAUGAAUUACUACUACCCUGGCCCAGGCGUUCCUGAUUGCCAGGAGCCUCUUGAUUAUGAUCUUCUAGACUGGCUCCAGCAGGAUGUGGCUGAAUGGGACCCUGCUGAAUAUCUUCCAUCUGCUACUCUAGCUUGGUGUCAUACGCAGCUUCAUGAAAUUGGGCUCCAGGAGGUGGGCGAGCCAUUUGACCCUGAGGAUCCUCUUAUUCAGCUCCGUGGUGAGAGAGAGCAGCCAUAUCGCCAGGUCUAUGAAGCCCUACGCGAGCGGGCCCUUUUAUACUACCAAUCAGGUGCCUUGCCUAUAUUAGAGGUUAGUACUAGGCCCCUUGGCGCGUUUAGAUGGGGCCCGAACACCCAAUGGCAGCAGGGCGCGGAAGUAGAAGCAGCUGAAUACGAGGAUCCUGAUCCUUUGUGA